GACCGUUCAGUUGUCAUCUGAGAACUGUCUGGGGUGGAUUUAUCGCUGCCCGUGUCUUACAAAUCCAAUUCCUUUUGGUUGUUUUAAAUAUAGCGAAGCUUUCCGUCUGCUUUCUGACGACACCAUCCCGACACUCCUCCAAGACGUAAAAAUCCCAUGACGUCGCGUCCACUUUCGCAAUAAACUCUGCAUCGGAAUCGAAGAGAAAUUGUGCGAAACGCUCCCGGUCCCGACGACAUUUUCCUCUUACUUCCAACCGGCCGCGACGGUGGCGGCGGAUAUUUCCUCGCAUUUCGAAUGAGACAAAAGUGACGGUGAUGAUAUUUAUGAUAUUUCCCUCGCGAUCCGUGCCAGCAAAAAUAUUUUUAUAGAAAUUUUUGGAUAUUUGUGAUGCGUUGUUUUCGAGAAUCAGAUUGAAGUCUCCCCGCGGCAAGAAUUUUCCAAUGACUGUGGUGCAAUACGUGCGGAGUUGUGUGGCGGUCGAAAGAAACGAAAAGGGCGAACUGCGACGGUCGUAAUAGAGUAAACGUUAAGACAAGGUUCCCGGGGGUGACGUGCCUGAAAGGUUCACAAAGGACUCAGUGCAGUGCUGGGGAGUGCGAAAGGUCCCUUUGACUCAGACGUAACCUUUGUCCCCCGACCGGUCGGUGCGCGGUGGUAAGCCCUCGCUGCUAAUUAUGGAUGACGAGCUCGAGGACAAAGUCCUGUACCAAACGUUCGUCUCCCAAAUGAAGCUCAUGUCCAAGUUCGCCGUUGGCGUGUCCUCCAUCAACUCGCCCCUGGCCUAUGUCUGGAAGCUGCUUCGCCUCUACCUCCUUCGCCCCGAAGUCAUCUUCUGCGGAGUUAUCUUAUUCAUUUUAUUCUUGUACUUGCAAGCGAUCGACAUAUGGAGCCGCGGCCUGCUGGGAAGGCUGCAAGCCACCCUGGGCUACACUCGGCAACGUGCGAACAAGCUCAAGCUAAUCGACAUCUCGCAUGCGGACAAGCAAGCCUGGGAAGUCAACAAGUCGACGUGCGCAGCCUAUGCCCUGCUCGGAAGGCGACCUCGCAUGGAAGAUCGAUUUGUGCUCGACGAGAAUAUUAGCAACAAUACCGGCAUCGCAUUUUUUGCAAUAUUUGACGGUCAUGGGGGUGAAUUUGCUGCUGACUUCGCUAAAGAUAUGCUCGUACCAAGCCUUUAUAAUAAAAUAAUUGAAACAACAAAUCUACUAAAAUCUCCAUCCUUGUUAAAUGAAGACAACGCGUUCCUACGACGAAGAGGCAGUCGCCGCGAAGAAAAUCCACAAAUAUCAGUACAUGAUGAAAAUAAGGAGAAUGUUCCUGUGUCGUUGCGAAGGAAAGACAGUUUACGUAAAGCGCAUAGUACAAUGGAUGACUGUGCACGAUCAAAUGUGCCAGAGAAGCCAACAGAUGUUUUCACAUCUCAAUUGAACUCAUUAAUUCGACCUUUAACCAAAGAUAAUCUCCUAAAUGUGAAUAACAACACAAAUAUCCUGAAACCUCCUCCAAGUUUGGACGCAAAGUGUUAUAUCGAAAAUGGGAAAAUCAACUUCGGCAAAAUGAUAACAGAUGAGGUCCUCGCGACUGACUACAAACUAGUUGAAGCUGCAAAAAAAUCGACUAAUGUAGCUGGGACAACAGCUCUGAUCGCAAUAAUUCAGGGAACAAAACUAAUUGUUGCGAAUGUCGGGGACUCUCGUGGUGUAAUGUGCGAUUUGAAAGGAAACGCAAUUCCACUAUCGUUCGAUCACAAACCACAGCAGGUACGGGAACGAAAGCGAAUUCACGAUGCCGGCGGUUUUAUCUCGUUUCGUGGUGUUUGGCGUGUCGCCGGUAUUCUGGCUACAUCUCGAGCAUUGGGCGAUUAUCCCCUCAAAGAUAAAAAUCUAGUCAUAGCCGAUCCCGAUAUUCUUACGUUCGAAUUGAAUGAUCACAAACCGAGCUUCGUUAUACUUGCCUCGGACGGCCUCUGGGAUACAUUCUCAAACGAGGAAGCUGUCGCAUAUAUCAAAGAUCACUUACAUGAACACGAUUUCGGUGCUAAAAGUUUAACACUUCAAUCCUACUAUCGGGGAUCUGUAGAUAAUAUAACUGUUAUUAUAAUUAGUUUUAAGAAUGGUGCGUAUCGAGUUAGUAGUGCGGCGACAACGCCACCCGUGACAAACGAUAAGAAUUUAGUAAGCUCAAAGUAAAAUUAAAACAAGAAUUUUAUACAAAUUAGGGUGAACAAAAAAAUUGAGUAAUUAUUGCGAGAGGGGGAUAUACAACAAAAGUUUAUUUAUCACAUUGUUUUGAUACAUACCGAGUACAUUUGAAUUUGUAGUUUGCACUUUUCUGUUGUCAUCGUUUGAGUUCGAUCCUAGUAUUGUUUCAGGCUAGUUACACUAUUGAGCAGAUCAAUAUGUUAUCAUUAUAACUGUCGGCAUAUCGUUGAUAUUGUUAUUGUAUUCUGUUUUGGUUAAGAUUGUCAUUUAAUAAAAGUGAAUUAGUAAUA